GCUGCUGUGGGCCCACUGGCCUUUUCCACUCCUGAGCAAGCGUGGCUGAACCGCCUACCAGCUCAAGUGUCCACCUUGUCCUGUCCCGCCCAGCCUGGCCAGAGCUCCCUGGAGAAGGAGCCCUCUCACCUGGUGGCCGGACCAAGGGAGCCAACCUUGGGCACUGGAGGGCCUGAACCGACCAUGGUCCCUGCCUGGCUUUGGCUGCUUUACCUCUCUAUCCCCCAGGCUGUCCCUGAGGCCCAGCCUGAAGAGCUAUAUGUGGAAGUUCCAGAAAACUAUGGUGGAAAUUUUCCCUUGUACCUGACCAAGCUGCUGCUGCCCCAUGAGGAAGCCGAAGGCCAAAUUGUGCUGUCAGGGGACUCAGGUCGGACAGCUGAAGGUCCCUUUGCUGUGGAUCCAGAGUCUGGCUUCCUGCUGGUGACCAAGGCCCUGGACCGAGAGGAACAGGCAGAGUACCAGCUUCAGGUCACCCUGGAGACAAAGGAUGGACAUGUAUUGUGGGGCCCACAACCUGUGCUUGUGCAUGUGAAGGAUGAGAAUGACCAGGUGCCACAUUUCUCCCAAGCCAUCUACAGAGCUCAGCUAAGCCAGGGCACCAGGCCUGGCAUCCCCUUCCUUUUCCUUGAGGCUUCCGAUGAAGAUGAGCCAGGCACAGCCAACUCAGAUCUUCGAUUCCACAUCCUGAGCCAAGCACCAGCCUGGCCUUCCCCAGACAUGUUCCAGCUGGAUCCUCAGCUGGGGGCUCUGGCCCUCAGUCCCAAGGGGAGCACCAGCCUAGACCAUGCCCUGGAGGGUCCCUACCAGCUGUUGGUACAGGUCAAGGACAUGGGGAACCAGGCCUCAGGCCACCAGGCCACCGCCACUGUAGAAGUCUCCAUAGUAGAGAGCACCUGGGUGCCCCUAGAGCCUAUCCACCUGGCAGAAAAUCUCAAAGUCUCAUACCCACACCAUGUUGCCCAGGUACACUGGAGUGGGGGGGAUGUGCAUUAUCACCUGGAGAGCCAGCCCCCUGGACCCUUUGGUGUAGACACAGAGGGGAUCCUCUAUGUGACCAGAGAGCUGGACCGAGAAACCCAGGCUGAGUAUCUGCUUCAGUUGCGGGCUCAGAAUCUCCGUGGCGAGGACUAUGCUGAACCUCUGGGGCUGCACGUGGUGGUGAUGGAUGAAAAUGACAAUGUGCCUGUCUGCCCCCCACCUGGGCCCCCACUCAGCAUUCCUGAGCUCAGUCCCAUAGGCACUGAAGUGACUAGGGUGGUGGCAAAGGAUGCGGAUGCUCCCGACUCUCCCAAUUCCCACAUUGUGUAUCAGCUCCUGAGUCCUGAGCCUGAGGAAGGGGCAGAGGGGAGAACCUUCGAGCUGGACCCCACUUCAGGCAGUGUGUCACUGGGGAUUGCUCCACUCCAAGCUGGCCAGGACAUCCUGCUUCAGGUGCUGGCCAUGGACCUGGCAGGAGCAGAGGGUGGCCUCAGCAGCAUGUGUGAAGUCACAAUCACAGUUACAGAUAUCAAUGAUCACGCCCCUGAGUUCACCACUUCACAGAUUGGGCCUAUAAGCCUCCCUGAGGAUGUGGAGCCCGGGACUCUGGUGGCCACACUCACAGCCACUGAUGCCGACCUUGAGCCUGCCUUCCGCCUCAUGGACUUUGCCAUUGAGAAGGGGAAUAUGGAAGGGAUCUUUGGCCUGGAUUGGGAGCCAGAUUCUGGUCAUGUCCAACUUCGACUCCGCAAGAAUCUCAGCUAUGAAGCAGCUCCAAGUCACGAGGUGGUGGUGGUGGUGCAAAACGUGGCGGAGCUGGUGGGGCCAGGCCCAGGCCCUGGAGCCACAGCCACGGUGACUGUGCUGGUGGAAAGGAUGAUACCACCCCCCAAGUUGGACCAGGAGAGCUAUGAGACCAGUGUCCCGGUUAGCACCCCAGCAGGCUCCCUCCUGCUGACUGUCCAGGCCUCAGAACCCAUGAACAGAACUCUCAGAUUCUCCCUAGUCAAUGACUCAGAGGGCUGGCUCUGCAUCGAGAAGGUCUCUGGGGAGGUGCACACGGCCCAGUCCCUGCAGGGUGCCCGGCCUGGGGACACGUACACAGUGCUGGUGGAGGCCCAGGAUGCAGAUGAGCCGAGACUAAGCACCUCUGCUACUCUCGUGAUCCACUUCCUGAAGGCCUCUCCUGCUCCAGCCCUGACUCUGGCCCCUGUGCUCUCGCGACAUCUCUGUACACCCCGCCAGGACCAUGGUGUGAUUGUCAGUGGACGCAGUGAGGACCCUGACCUGGCCAGUGGGCAUGGUCCCUACAGUUUUGCCCUUGGUCCCAACCCCACAGUGCAGCGGGAUUGGCGCCUCCAGCCUCUUAAUGGUUCCCAUGCCUACCUCACACUGGCCCUGCAUUGGGUGGAGCCACGUGAACACAGAGUCCCUGUGGUGGUCAGCCACAAUGCCCAGACAUGGCAACUCCUGGUUCGAGUGAUCGUGUGUCGCUGCAAUAAGGAGGGACAGUGCAUGCGCAAGGUGGGCCGUAUGAAGGGCAUGCCCACGAAACUGUCGGCAGUGGGCAUCCUCGUGGGCACUCUGGCAGCGAUAGGCUUCUUCCUCAUCCUCAUCUUCACCCACCUGGCUCUAGCCAGGAAGAAGCACCUGGAUCAGCCAGCUGACAGUGUGCCCCUGAAGACAACCGUCUGAGUGGUCCAGGAAGCCCCAGUGGGGAGCUUGGCCUCUGGCUUCAUCUGAGUCCCUCGGGAGAGGGCCUAGCACCUGAGAUCCAACAGGGGCCAGAAUAGAGUGGAAGCCCUUCUACCUGUGCUGGAGUGAAGGCAUCAUCACCAGACAUGUCCCCAGAGCCUGAACACUGACUUGAUGGACUGCCUGUUGGGUGCUCCAAAUGGCAGCACGUUUAUCCAGUAAUAAAGCCUCAGGGAGCUGGGCAGGGC